AUGCAUAACUUGGCAGUUCCAAAGAACUGGGCAGUAAAACUACUGCCAAGGAAUAUCAGACCUUUCCAUAUCAGAAAGGUCAUGGAUACAGACAAUUGUCUGUUAGCUCUCUCUGAGAGCAUGAAGAAAUGUGGGAUACACCCAACAUUUCAUACAAGCCUAAUAAGGCCUUACAUCCACAGUGAUGAUGUCCUCUUCCCAGGAAGAGAUCCAGAUACCAUUUAUGGUAACGCACCAGAUGGCAAACAGAUCAUUGAGUUGAUCGAUGAUCAUCAUUGGAGGCAAUGCAAGUUGCAAUUCCACUUUAUUUGGUCUGACAGGGACCAAUCAUGGGAGUCUGCCAGUAAGGCAGACCAACUCACCCAAUUGGAUGAGUAUUUGGAGCUUCAGGGCAUGAAGACUCCAGAGGAUCUCCCAAAAAGGGAUCCUCAGGGACAAUGUCAUUGUUAG